AUGGCUGGAUAUCGAAAUAGAGGUUAUACACCAUUUUCAAACGUACGUUAUUUUGAUCAAGAUUCAAGUACAUUUACAAAGAAAGCAACACGAGAACACGUACAUUUCACAGACGACGAACAGUUAGCUGCGACGGCAACACCAGCAUUGUUAAACUACGAAGCGAAGCGAGAUUUAUUACUGAAACGUGUUUUCUCAUCAAAAUUCAACAAUUCGUCUGAUACUAAUAAUAAUCAUGUUAACACAACUUUGGCAGAAUCCACGAUGGCUACUAUAACAGCAAAUGCUACCAGAAUAUCUAGAUAUGAUAGCGAUGAUAAUUUGGAAACAAGUGUAAUGGUAAACGAGACCGGUACGCAAGUCAUUGAAUGUUUAAAUAAUGUUAAUCAAUUAAAACCAUCAAAUUCUGCAUCACUUGGAGAUUAUCUUCCUCUGUCAAGCGAUAAUCCUGUUCCAAGAAAAGUCUUUUCAACAAAAGAUAACAGUAAUGAUUUAGUACAAUCAGAUGAUUCGAUUGAUGAAGAGUCAGAGUCCGUAGAAGAAUUUUCUUCACAAAUACCAGCGAGUGCAGAUGAUUCCGUUAGCGGCAAACUACAUUCAAAACAAACAAUUGAAAUCAUACGAAAUAAUCUCAUACACGAAUUUUAUAAAAUAACAAAUGAUAGUAAUUUAGAAUCAUUGAAAUGUAAAAUGAAUAUACCCAAACAAUUUAUCAAUCCACGUACAUAUGGUGAUUUUCAACGUCGUUAUAGAAAAGGUCGGCAACAAACAAAAGCAGUGUUAUCGUUCUUAUCAUCUACUCCAACAACAAAAGAUAGUUCCUAUCACGUUUAUGAUUUAUCGACGAAUGAUACUCUAACAACAUCAACAGCAACUACUCCAUUAAUGACAUCCGCUUCCACGAAAACAGUGAAGAAACAAGAAAAUGAAGUAGUCAUGAAAUCCACAAAACAACGGCGAAAGAAAGUACGUUCAGCCGUACAACCAGAUCCACUAUUACCAGUGAUGACUAUUGAUUUGUCGGAUUCGUCAGUAGCACAACCAACUCCUGAUUUUAUCAUGUUGAAUUCAUCUGAUGAUGAAAAACAAGAUCCUGAUGAUAUUGAAGAAAUUUUUGCUAAAAAAGAUCAUCAUAUUGAUCGUUUGCCAACAAACACGUUUUUACUUAAUAAAACGCCAAUUAUGAAUGUGAACGAUAAAGAAGAACAAGAUUCAAAAUAUGCAUCUUUGCCAGAGAAAAAUAUUAUACCAAUUCGUGCAAUUUUACCAAAGAAAAGAAAAAAAAAGAAGAACACAAUUGUAACAGUUGCAGAAGAUAAUAAUAAUGUACCAAGUACACCGUUAAUAUCAGCUAUCGAUCGAAUUAUUCAGUACAUUGAUAAAGAUGAAGAACGUCAACAAUCGAUAGAGAAAAAGAACAAUGAAAUUAAAGUUAAACAACAAGAACAAAAAUUAUCGAUUGCUAUUCAACCAAUGUUCGAUCAAGAGAUUUCACCAGAUAUUAUUAUAGAUAAAGAACGACAACAACAACCACCACCAUUUUUAUCCGAAAAAAAGCGACGUAAAAAACGAAAACGAUUGAAAAACCAAAAUAAAUUUCAUGAAAAUGUAAUUUAA